AUGUCAACUUGGAAGGUAAGAGAAGCGACUGUACAAGAUACCCCUGGAAACUUGGAAGUGACGAGAAGCGACAGUACAAGAUACCCCUGGCAACUUGGAAGGUGUGAGAAGCGACAGUACAAUAUACCCCUGGCAACUUGGAAGGUGUACGAGAAGCGACUGUACAAGAUACCCCUGGAAACUUGGAAGGGAAGAGAAGCGACAAUACAAGAUACCCCUGGCAACUUGGAAGGUGUGAGAAGCGACAGUACAAUAUACCCCUGGCAACUUAGAAGCACUUGGAAGGUACGAGAAGCGACAGUACAGUAUACCCCUGGCAACUUGGAAAGUACGAGAAGCGACAGUACAGUAUACCCCUGGCAACUUGGAAGGUACGAGAAGCGACUGUACAAGAUACCCCUGGAAACUUGGAAGGGACGAGAAGCGACAAUACAAGAUACCCCUGGCAACUUGGAAGGUGUGAGAAGCGACAGUACAAUAUACCCCUGGCAACUUAGAAGCACUUGGAAGGUACGAGAAGCGACAGUACAGUAUACUCCUGGCAACUUGGAAAGUACGAGAAGUGACUGUACAGUAUACCCCUGGCAACUUGGAAAGUACGAGAAGCGACAGUACAGUAUACCCCUGGCAACUUGGAAAGUACGAGAAGUGACUGCACCACAGUACUUGAAGGAAAAACUGAAAGCGAGGUCGGCCGUGAGAGAGCGCAGAACUAGACAGGACUUGUUGCUUGACAUACCAAGAGUUGUUCUUGAUGCUGGAUACGUGGUUAUCGACUUUCCUGAACAUGCCUCGACUGAUAGAGACCUGGUGGUGGAUACUGGGUCCAUAUUUGACAUUAAAUGUCGUGAAUAUGUUAAUAUAACUUGGUAUUAUGAUGAUACUCUGUGGAAGGAGUAUGAGGAAUACGAGGAUAUGGGGGUGAAAGAUGUGAUGUUAGAGAAGAUGUUAGAUGGUGAGUAUGUAUCCACUCUGACUAUACGAGGAGCUUACUACCUGGACACUGGCUACUACACAUGCUACCCUGUACAUGAGGGAAGAGAGUCAGCAAAGACCCAGAGCAUCUAUCUUUAUGUCAAUAGUACCGAUCCUGAGCAAUAUUUAGCACUACCAAAAGAAAAAAAAUUUAUUCAAGUUUAUAUGUCGGAGGUUUUAAACAUACCUUGCAGGCCUACAAAUCCAAACCUUAAAGUACAACUGAAGAAAGAUGAUAAGGUGGUUCCUGCAAAAUACGACCCUCACAAAGGCUUUGAAUUGAAUACUACCGCAGUUAAUCAAGGAGGAUAUUUCAAAUGUGUCUAUAGUGAUAAUAUCACCUCUAACGAAUUGGAUUUAUUGGUCGAAAUUAGCAAUAAGAAGGCCUUAGAGCAGCCUGAGGUCAACAUCAGUCCCACUGAUGUGAUGGAGGGAGACAAUGUAACUCUCAAAUGUAAGAUCAACCACGACAGCAACGUUACCAUCAGCUGGGCCUUCCCCCACAUCUUUCUAGAAACUAGCAAAAGAAUACAUCAACAUGAGUUAAAGAAAGUCGUUAAUGACGACUUCAACUACUUCCGGGAAUUGACUCUGACUAACGCGUCCAAGCAAGAUGAAGGAGAAUACACCUGCAAAGUUGCCGAUGACGCAGGCAAUCAAAACAGCAAGUCCGUCAAACUAUCUGUCAAUCCAGCAGGAUUGAUCCCAAUAACUUUGGACAUAAGAGGUUACACUAGUGGAGGCAACAAGACAUUUAAGAAUGUUAAUGUAAUCCAAAUUUUGGUCGAUAUCAUAGCUCGACCUCCAACAACUAUUCAGUGGUAUGAUCAUAACAAGAGUCGUAUCAGUGGAACAGUUGAAAACGUAGAAGUUAAAAACAACCCUUCAUUAGCCAACCUGACCAUACAUCAACCGACAAUAAACAAUACUGGAACUUACUACUUGGAAGUGAACAACUCCGCUUCAUCAAGGACUGUUGAUUUCACCGUACUGAUUGAAGGGGCUCCUAGCUUGCAUCACAACAAAGAAAAGUCUGUAGUGUUCUACAUGGUCAACUCAUCACUCACUAUAGACUGGGACGUGCAGGCUCUGCCUAGUCCCAACAUGUCUUGUAACUCCACAUCCUGCCCAGAUUACCCUUCCUGCAGCAACUCUACACAGGAAAAUCAAAUACGACUGCAAGAAACUGAUAUCCGUACUUUGUUCAAGUACAGGAUGGAUAUACUAGGAGAUGAUCCAGUUAGUCUGGAGUGUAAGGCUUGUAACAGUCUGGGAUGUGCAAGUAAAGUAAUGGAGAUACUUGUUACAGAUGAAGAUGUAGAAGACGGCAUGUCCAUUGAUGUACCUGAUGAGGUAGCUGUGGGUGACAGGGUCGUUUUGAGAUGUAGUGCUUCCAAAUACAUUUACACUACAUACCCUGAUUGGAGAUUCAAGGAGAAUGAUGUAGUUUCUGCCAUUAUAGACACACAAAUAACAGAAGAAACAAAAUAUUCAUAUGUAAACAAGAUACUCAUACCUGAAGCGAGUAAAAAUCACUCUGGGGAGUACAUAUGCUCUGCUAUGUUACUUAAUGAAAGAAACCAGACUCGUGAAACCAAAACUGCUUUAGAUGUUAGAGACUUGGAGAAGCCUUUGAUCAUUAAGGAUGUGACCAAAUUGAUCGUCCCCAUAGGCCAAUUUUUGGUGGAACUACUUUGCAUUGCCCAAGGAUUCCCUACUCCCAUCAUUUCCUGGUACAAGAAUGACGAGACGAUUACGAAGGAGACACAUGAGAACAUUAGAUUGCUGGAUAAUAACUGGAGGCUAGUGAUCGAAAGUGUAGGUUUGGAAGACUACGGAAGUUACAGGUGUGAAGCCACUAACAAAGGAGGAACAGACGAAUUGAUAAUAAACAUUGAGAACUCAGAACCUGGAAUCAUCAUGUUCUCGAUGUUCAUUCCAAGAGCAUAUUUGAUAAUGAUCCUAUCGCCACUGAUAGCUGUUGUACUGUUCGUUGCAAUAUUGGUUUACAUCCUUAGGGUUCGUAGUCAGAGAGCAAUGAUGAUGAUGAAGGAAAAUUUUGCAAUGUUGAAUCCGAACAUAAAAUAUGAGGAAUCAAUCAAUCCAGAAAUUGAUAUAGCAGAGCAAGUGCAUCUUUUGCCUUAUGAUGGAAACAAGUGGAAUUUUCCCCGAAGUAAACUGAAACUAGAACGUGGCACUGUGCUGGGAUCUGGAGAGUUUGGAGUGGUGUUAAAGGCGAAAGCUUACGGGAUAGUGGAAUCAGGAGUUGCAACUACAGUUGCCGUCAAAAAGGUCAAACGUCACUCGGACCGUACAUUGGUCGAAGCUUUCGCCUUGGAACUCAAGAUGAUGAUAUAUCUAGGGAGUCAUCGCAACGUAGCGAAUGUCUUAGGAGCCUGCACUGACGGAGAGUUAAUGGUAAUCGUGGAAUAUUGUGAGUACGGCUGUCUGGGUGACUAUAUAUGGAAAUAUAGAGACAACUUUAUCAAACAAGAGAAACAUACAUGCAGACAAUGUGGCUCUAACUACAAUAAAGACACAACUUCAGAUUCUGUAAGCAAUCUAUUAAUAGACUUAUCUGAUGAAGCUGAUGUUUCUGAAGCUACUGACUUGCAUAGUCUGAAUAAAGUAGCAGCUGAAGAUGAAUACUGCAAGAACUGCUUAAUCAACUGGAGUUAUCAAGUGGCAGCAGGGAUGGAGUAUGUGGCAUCCAAGGGGGUUGUACACGGGGAUCUUGCUCUUAGGAACAUUUUAUUGGCAGAGAACAAUGUUGUCAAAAUAUGUGACUUUGGUCUCUCAAAACGUAUUUACCAAAAUGCUCAAUACAUGAAGAAAAACAAAAAUCUACGCUUGCCAUUGAAGUGGAUGGCAUUGGAGUCUAUCUUGUACGAGAAGUACACGUCCAAGUCAGACGUGUGGUCGUACGGCAUCGUGUUGUGGGAAAUCUUCUCCCUGUCCGGCUCUCCAUAUGCUGACUGGGAACUUGAUGGAAAAUUCAAGGCAAAGCUAAUAGGUGGUGAGAGAAUGAAAAAGCCUACUUAUGCACCAAAUCACGUGUAUGACAUUAUGAUGAACUGUUGGGAACGUAACCCUAACUCACGACCGUCAUUUACUGAGAUAAUGGAAAAGAUGUUACCUAAUAAUAGUGAAUUGUUAUACGUAGAAAUGAACUCCCAGCAUGAAUAUGUCAACACCGGUGCAACUCAAGUUUCCUGCAGUACUUCAACUGUCAUCAGUAAUGCUGGGUACAUGGUCAUGGAGCCCGCUGCCUCGGGAAACAACCGUCUGAACGAUAAUCCUGUGCAUUGCAUCUUCAAUCCAAGUUACUUGAUCGUAGAACGUCCAAACAGCAAUCCAAGUGCAAAUGAAGACGUCAAUGAACAAUGUACGGAAUCUGUAUAAGAACAACAAUUAUUAAUUAAAACGUGUUUUGUUUGUAGAUAAAAAAAGCUGACAUAAAGUGCAUGAAUAGACUGAGCAAAGUAACAACAUUAAAAAAUAAAACUGAUCAAUUUCCUAUUUUAGUUCUGUCAAUUUUGACAUCAUUGACUAGUCUGAUUUUAAAUUUUUAAGUCAAACUUUCAUUAAACACUCUUGUUUUUCUUAGCUAAAUAAAUUAAUAGUAUAUUUCAUCACUAGGGCAAAAAGUGACUCUUUUUGACCCAAGCUCAAGUCUUAUGAUCGGCAAAGCCGAGGUCGGAAAAUGAGCGAGGGUUGAAAAGACACUAUUUGACCAUGUGUUGAACUAUAUUUUUUGUCAUAUUGCUCCAUUAUUUGAACAAACUAAGUUACAAAACCAAAAUGGUUUUCAUUUGAAGAUAACCACUCAAAACUACUUUUAACUUGUUUUCAUUAUGAUUUUCUGAUGGAAACAAGAAGCUUUUUAGUAAUUGAUUCAAUCGUUUUGUCUAUUAGGAAUAUGUUAGUGUACAUUAUACUAUCGAUAUGUCAAACUAUUUAGAAUAAGUCAACAAGCUAAAAUUGAUUAUACAAUUGAUUCAUAUACUUUUAUGCAAAAUGUACGACUGAGUUGACAACAGCUGAUUUUUUACUAGGGGCUAAAAACGCUUUAUACUCUCUAGAGUAAUAAAUAAUUAUACUUUAGACCCGAAACGCAUGUACAAUGGCUGUUUUUGAUGCAGUACCAAUAUGACAAAAAUGUAUUUUACAUACUGAAAAGAUCUUCAUUAGGUAUUUGAUGUAAAUUUAUUUAUUUAUGAUAAACUCUUUUUUAUUUAUAAUAAAUUUAUGAUAACGAUUUUGGAUUGAGGUCCUCAAUUUAAAGAAGAGCCACUCAGUAACUAAUGUUAAUUGCUCCUCAUUAAUUGUUAAUACUUGUUUACUAUAAGUAGGUACAAUCAUAGAAACUGCCCUACAUUAGUAAAGUUUUGUUCAAAUAUUUGGCAAGGGUUUACCUUUAAGUUAAAAAUGUAAUAUCUUAAUUUAAUUAUCUGAAUAGCUGUUUGAAAACAGGUUUACAUCUUUUAGCAAACAGUCAAAUAUUUGUUUUUAAUUCAAGCAGCUUAAUUCCAGUACAUGAUUGGUGACAUUGAUUAUUUAUUAAGUCUAAUACUGUGUCAUUAUUGGUAUUAAGGCAUUACUUAUAUAUGUAAAUAUAUUUUCUGAACCA